CUGACACGUCACUCCACCAAUCCACUUCAUCGGAAUCAUCCAUCACUUCCGCUCCCUCCGCCGGCUUCCCCUUCGCCGGAGGAGAGGACGAAGGAAGGGAUGGCUCCUCCGGGCCAACUGCUCCCCUUGGCCCGCUCGCUCCUGCCCCUUUCCGCUCCUCCCUUCGUCUCCGGCCGCCGCCGCCGCCUCCCUACUCUGGUCCUCGGCAGGGCGCUACCUCCGCCUACAUGGCUGCCGCACGGCCGCCUCUCGCCGGCGCAUCCACUUCCCUUUGCGCCUCCCCGGCGUCUGUCCAGGCCGCCUCCUCCCGCUACGUCGCUUCCUGGGGCUUCGCCCGGCGGCGGAGCCGAGGCCCAGGCGGUGUUGGCGGAGUUCGUGACGUCCGAGAGGGUGAAGGUGGCGGCGAUGCUGGGGCUGGCUCUCGCGCUCUGCAACGCCGACCGCGUCGUCAUGUCCGUCGCCAUCGUGCCGCUGUCGCAGGCGUACGGAUGGACCCCGUCCUUCGCCGGCGUCGUGCAGUCAUCCUUCCUUUGGGGUUAUCUGGUGUCACCAAUAAUUGGUGGAGCACUGGUCGACUACUAUGGCGGAAAGCGAGUUAUGGCUUAUGGCGUGGCUCUAUGGUCCUUGGCUACAUUCCUCUCCCCUUGGGCAGCUGCUCGCUCUCUCUGGUUGUUCCUCUCAACUAGAGUUCUGCUGGGUAUGGCAGAAGGGGUGGCACUCCCAAGUAUGAACAACAUGGUGUUGAGGUGGUUUCCUCGCACAGAGCGAUCAAGUGCUGUCGGGAUUGCAAUGGCUGGUUUUCAGCUUGGCAAUACCAUUGGUUUACUUCUUUCCCCUAUCAUCAUGUCACGAGCUGGAAUUUUUGGACCAUUUGUGAUAUUUGGAUUAUUUGGAUUUCUAUGGGUGUUGGUGUGGAUAUCUGCUAUAUCAGGGACUCCAGGUGAAAAUGCACAAAUAUCAGCACAUGAACUAGAUUAUAUAACCAGGGGUCAGAAAUUGGUAAAAACUCAAUCUGGAGGUGAAAGAUUACGAAAGGUCCCUCCUUUCAGCAAGCUACUCUCUAAAUGGCCAACAUGGGCUUUAAUUUCUGCAAAUGCUAUGCAUAGUUGGGGUUAUUUUGUCAUUCUUUCAUGGAUGCCAGUGUAUUUCAAAACAAUAUAUCAUGUUAAUCUGAGAGAAGCUGCAUGGUUUAGUGCACUCCCCUGGGUCAUGAUGGCAGUUUUAGGCUAUGUUGCUGGUGUUGUAUCAGACAGGCUUAUCCAAAAUGGUACAAGCAUCACUUUGACUCGGAAGAUAAUGCAGACAAUUGGCUUUGUGGGUCCUGGUGUGGCUCUUCUUGGACUAAAUGCAGCAAAGAGUCCAGUCAUCGCUUCUGCUUGGCUUACUAUCGCUGUAGGUUUGAAGUCCUUUGGUCACUCAGGUUUUCUAGUAAAUCUUCAGGAGAUUGCUCCACAAUAUGCUGGAGUGCUACAUGGAAUGUCAAAUACAGCUGGAACAUUUGCUGCCAUUUUAGGAACUGUUGGAGCAGGUUUCUUUGUCGAUCGGAUGGGUUCUUUCCGUGGAUUUUUAAUAUUAACAUCUCUUCUAUACUUCAGUAGCACACUGUUCUGGGAUAUAUUUGCUACUGGAGAGCGUGUUGAUUUUGAUGGCACUGGCUAGCGCCUAAGAGAAAAUCUACAGUUGCUAUCCUAGAAUAUGAUGAUUGGUUGGAGAAUUAUGUGCCAUCAUCUUCUGGUAUGCUAUUGGAAAGCUCCAUGCACACAAGCAAACAGAGUUAUGACGUCUACCGAUUAUGGCAUUGUGCUUCCAUUUAGUAGGGGUAGCAGUGAAGAAAAAAUGGAACCAGCUACUGUGAUCAUUCGAAUUUUCGUACUAUGGAGACUGGAGAGUCCAAAAUGUGAGUCAAGGAUAGCUGAAGCAGUUACACAGAACUAAUGACUGGAGAGUCCAAAAUGUGAGUCAAGGAUAGGUGUGGUAAUAUUAGUUGUAGAGAUCUGAAAAUGAUUGGCACUUGACAAGAAUUAAGCUUGGAAUCAAGCACGGUUUGAUGAGGGUUGUCAAGUUUUUAAAUGGAAAGUAGAUGGAAUACGUUUUAGUCCUUUAUAGUUUUAUAGUUAAUAGAAAAUAUGACUCAACAGUCAUAGCCUCAUAGGGCACCUUCGACUUUGUAAAUGCCACAACAUGUGGAUGGCUUUAAAGAUCCAACGAAUUGCAA